CUGUCAGAGCGCAGCGUUGACAGCCACUGGCCACUGAUCAGCCCACUUUGUCGGGGUUUGUGUCUCCAUGCAAGACUGCUGAAAAAGAAGCUCUGACUCUCACAUUUUCUUUUAUUCGCAAGACAAGCAAACACGAACGAAACACAAGCUCGUCCACGGCUGCAACAGCACAAGAAGUGAACAAAAAGCAUUUAAUUCAUUUUCUAGACUCAUCUCUGUCUCACAGCUCCCUGCACAAUGUCUGGAGAGGACGCACCUGCCGAGCAGCAAAACGCAGUGGACCAGAAGCAGGAGACCAAACCCGCCGAGGAGCCCAAAGCCGAAGAGCCCAAGACGGAGCCUGCACCCGCCGCAGAGGCAACCCCAGCGGCGACCACCGAGAAGGUCCCCGAAGAGGAGACGUUCACUUACCGCGCUCUGGUGCUCACCGGCUACGGGGGCUAUGAUAAAGUGAAGCUGCAGGUGAAGAAGGGCAAGCCGGUGCUCAAGGCUGGAGAGGUCCAGGUGCGGGUCAAGGCUUGCGGGCUGAACUUCGCAGACCUGAUGGCUCGGCAGGGGCUUUACGACCGGCUGCCGUCCCCGCCGGUCACCCCGGGAAUGGAGUGCUCCGGGGUGGUGGAGGCUGUAGGAGAAGAAGUGACGGACAGAAAAGUCGGCGAUAAGGUGAUGGUGCUGAACCGCUUCGGGCUGUGGCAGGAGGUGGCGGUGGUGCCGGCAACUCACACCUUCCUCAUUCCAGAGGGCAUGAGCUUUGAGGAGGCAGCAGCCCUCCCUGUGAACUACAUCACCGCCUAUAUGAUGCUGUUUGACUUCGGCAACCUGCGGCCCAACCAGAGCGUCCUCAUUCAUGCUGCUGCAGGCGGUGUGGGUAUUGCAGCCACUCAGCUGUGCAACACAGUGAAGGACGUGACUGUGUUCGGCACGGCAUCCGCCAUCAAGCACGAGACCAUCAGCCAGGGUGGAGUCACACAUCCCAUCGACUAUCGCACCAAGGACUAUGUGGAGGAAGUCCGCAAAAUCAGUCCGAAAGGGAUGGACAUAAUACUGGACCCUCUCGGAGGAUCAGACACCCAUAAGGCCUACAACCUGCUGAAGCCUAUGGGGAAACUUAUCACCUAUGGUACGUCUAACAUGCUCGCGGGCCAGAAGAAGAACCUUCUCGCCGUGGCCAAGAACUGGUACCAUCAGUUCUCCAUCCACACGCUCAGCCUGAUCCAGGGGAACAAGUCGGUGUGCGGCUUCCACCUGGGCUACCUGGACGGAGAGAUGGAGCUCAUCACCCAGGCCAUGAACAUCAUCCUGGAUCUCUACAAGGAUGGCAAAGUCAAGCCCCGCAUUGACUCCACUUGGCACCUUGAGCAGGUGGGCGAUGCCAUGAGAAAGAUGCAGGAGAGGAACAACAUCGGCAAAGUGAUCCUCACCACGGAGCCGAUGCCCGAGGAGGAGAAGAAGGAGGAGCCCAAGAAGGAAGACAAGAAAGAGGACAAGAAGAAGGAUGACAAGAAGAAGGACGACAAGAAGAAGGACGAUGGCAAGAAGGAGGAGAAGAAGGACGACAAGAAGAAAGAGGAGCCCAAGAAGGAGGAGAAGAAGGAGGAAGAGAAGAAGGAAGAGCCCAGCAAGGAGGAGAAGUGAGCGGGAGGGAUGGAUAGUCAAGCAGACCAGCAGGGAGUUUGUGUCCUGGGAGCAGGGGGUGGGGUUGGGGGCGAAAUGGAGAUGAAGAUGGAGAUGGAUGGGGUGGGAGGGUGGGGGCGGAGUGUAAGCAAGGAUUGAAAAGAGUUAGAAGGGUAGAUUGCAAAAUUACCACACCACUGUCAAUCCCCCCCCCCCCCCCCCCCCCUCAGCCUCACUACAAUGGCAGUGAUUACUCAGGUCUGGCUCCACCCGCCCCUCCCCUCGUGUUUUCUUGCCUUUAUCUCUAAAAAAUAAAAAUAAAAGUCCAAACACUUGUUCCACCUUGUAAGCUCCAAAGAAAGAGCUCACAAGAUCGAGAAAGUAGACGCAACACUCGAAAGAUGUUUCCUAUUGGGAAAGACGGAGACAAGAGAGCCGUGGAGGAUUGUGGGUAUGGUCCAGGCCUGGGGCAAAUUACUGUUUCCUUGACAACUGUAAUCCCUGCUCGCACUCCGGCCCCGCCCUCGACCCCCAUGCCCCUCCGCACCUCAACUCCCACUGUGCUAAAUUGUUCUGCUCUGACUUCCACCUGCCACCUCCUCUCUUCCCCUCACUGUGCUGAGUCCUCCCCCACCUCCCACACCACCACCAUCACCAUCUCCACCACCACCACCACCGCCCCCACCCCCAACCCAUCCACGGGCCGGACCCACAGACAGGCACAAAGACAGGCAGAUAAACGGAGAACCACACCCACCCACACGUUCCUAUCUUCGUGUCCAAUGCUUAGUUAUGUCACUGAGAGUGAGUCAGAGAUGCCUGUGAUUGGCUGAUGCACCCAGGCUCCCCUGGAGAUAUUUGCAACAUGGUUUUGAUCAUCAUGUUUGAUUGCUCAGAGAAUGGUGUUAAUGUUGCCAGGCCUAGCAUUGGUUAUCGUUCCUGAUAAUUCUUCCAGUCUGUAUGACCUUAGCUUUGAUAUAUCUUGUAUCUUCAUCAGUGGAGAGGGAGACAGAUCCAUAAUGCAUGCGUUCCCACCUAAGUGAAGUUUAAUAUAGUGAGUUCUGCAGUUCUGUACUUGCCUGAAUAUAAAUUUCCCUCAUAAUGAGCCUUUCUGUGCAGCGUUGAAUAGGGAGGCAGAAAAUCAUUGCUCAGCUUCCUUCUCCUUAGUUACAGAUUUUUCUAGCUGACCAACUGUUGGCAAGAAGUGCACAGUGCCAAUUAAGAGAGAAUUUGUUUCUGUUUAAACAAGCCACAAAUACACACACAGACAUACACACAGUGAAUGUGAUGAAAGGGGCACUGUCAUGCUGAGAUAGUGAAGCGUUUGAAAUGAGCAAGUUAUGAAGGUGAAUAUCGGUCCUCUUUCCCUCGGGAUCAGGCUUUCUUCCUCCCUGAUCCUCCUCGAGGCAUUCCAUGGCAUUCUGCUCCUUUCACAGCGACCGCUCGCCUGUCGAUCACCCUGACCUGAGAGAGGAGAAUUCAAUUCAAGCUGGCGUCCAUACUUCGCCUCCUCUGCUUGUCUCUACUCUCUCUCUCUCUCUCUCUCUCCCUCCUCUUUCCAUUUCCCUCUCUAUGGUCGGCAUAGCAACAGGCGUCAGGCUCGUCAGAGAAGGCACUGUGGUCUGUUUCUCUCUGACUCCCUCUCCCCGUGUCUCUCUUUUCUGCCUCCCUAACUCUAUAUUUGCCAACAGUCGGUGCUCUAGACCAGUAUUCAAACAGGUGUAAAAUGUAUUAAGGAUUUCAGAUGAUAAAAUGAAGAGUUGGAGCAGUUUUGUUCAAGGUUGUUAGCUUUGCACUCCAAAACAGUUUGUUCAAAAACCAGUGAAAUUAAAAUCGUAGUAUUGACAAUGUGUGCAAUUAGUAGCGUGCUGGCAAAAACAGUGCACCGCUCCCCCUAAUGGCCAGUAUGCAUCUUGUCUCACUGGUGUAAUGUCAUUAAAGUAAAUCCUUCACAUUUCAUCUUAAAUCCCACUGGGUGGACUCUAAAUCUUUCAUGUAGGAGGAUAUCAACUUUAAACCUUAGACAUGUAUCUACCUGUCUGCCUGCCUGUCUGUCUGUGAGCCCGGCCUCAGUGUAUGAGACUCAGAUGGUGACUAGUGACUUUGUAAAAAACACAAAACAAAAAAGAAAAGAAAAAAAGUUGUUGUGUUAGCAUGAGUGGCCUCCCUCAUGUGAUGUGUGUGGUGUGCCAUUGUGUGUGAAGAUGUGUGUGUGUCCUCAGGUCGUUUGUCAGGUUUUAAAAGCACCCACCUUACCCCUGCCACAUUUCCCCCUCACACUACUCCGCUACAGUAUUAUGUAGCUCCAACCCUCCCUAUUCACUCUGUCUCUCCCUCCUGUCUGAUAAGAGGCCUGUGUUAUGAGGACAGUUGGUAUUAGUAUUUUUGCACUCUGCUCGCUGAUCUUAAUGCACUUACAGGCAUGGCAGUCGCACUCCAGUCCCACGCAGGCUUUGAUUCUGCUCCAGGUUUGCAGCCUGUUUCCCAUCAUCCACUCCCAGUGUAUCUGCUGAAGCUCACUGAAAGCACAGGUGGCACACACACACACACACACACACACACACACACACACACACACACACAUUGAAACAGACAUAUAGGUCCCCUCAUUUUCAGCCUGCUAGUCCCUGCCCUGGCCAACUUGGUGGCAGCUAAAAUCAAAACAUUCAUCCAUCCUUGAUUGUGGGAAGUAAAAUGUGGAGAGCAGGGCGGGGUGAACUGGGCUGGAGUGCGACUGCCACGCCGGUGUGGGGAGUGACUGUCCUGUCAGCCUCUGGUUAGUGUUCUGUUCUAAUCUGCUGGGCUCCCUUUGUGAACCUGUGGACGGUGCUUCUGUUCCGAGUGCCAUGUGAGAAACAAACGCUUCAGUAAAAAAAAAAGAAAAAAAGGAUGUUUUACUUAAUAUGUUAUUUUAAUUUACCUUUAUAUUUCCGUUUGUUUGUCUGUUUUGUUAUCCAAGGGUUUAAAGUUCAAAGCUCAUACUCUUCUGUGGGGACCUGCCAACCUGCACUCCUUUUAAAUGUGAUGAAGUCUUUCUGUUGGUCCGAACCAUGUGUGCCAAAUUGUAUGUAUAUUCCUCUGUCAAUGCUUUGAAUAUUAACAGUGCAUAAAAAAUAUGAAGAAAAUUCUGUUUUUUGGAUGCAUUUCCGUCUACCUUCAAGAAAAGUGAAAUUAGAAAAAGAGUCGUCACAGUGUGUCAGAUUUGUAUCCCGAAUGCUCACGGGGACAGAAUUUUUGCUGCAAUUUACAAAAGGUUUAACACAAUUUGUAGUUUUGGAUUGGUUGCAGUCUUGCUCAAGUGUAGGCCUGCACUGUGCCUCUCGCCUUGCACACAGCUUACCUCAAUCCGAGGCGCCUCCCUCCGUAUUUAUAUCCUUUUCACUGUGUUUUACCAGCUCUCACAUCAUUUCGACCACAACAGGUUGAAGCGUUUACAACCAUAAAAUUAGUAUCACAGUGAAAAGGGACUGGAUGUGGUGCAUUUAAGGUUCAAAACUCCACCAAAACACAUAUAGAUUCACAGAAAUCUGCAAAUUUCCUCUAAAUCCAAAACUCCAGAGUAUUCCUCUCUAUGGAUUUCUAUUUCUUUUACUUUGUUUCCAAAUGGCUUGUUUAGCAAGCGAGGGAGCAUAUGUUUUCACACAGUUGUGCAGGGAUGACAGCUGCACAAAAACCCAGCUUAUUGUCUGAUCAUAGCUCAGCUCUGGCCUGCCCCAGACACAACAUUUCCGCUUUACAGCUGAUCUCAGUUCACUCCUCUUUUCCUGUGCUGCAUCUGCAGAGCCUCUUGGCCGGUGCAACAGUCACAGUCCAAAAUUCCUCUCCAUAUCACGCCCCCUCUUCUCUCCCUACACAAUCACAGCAAAUAAAACAUUAGUUUGACAUCUGGAAUUUGAAAUUGCAUGCAUUCAUCGGCAUGUGGAAAACCGAUUAUAAUGUCUUUCUUUCUUUCAAUAUUUUCCCCUUGGUUCUUUUGAGCUAAGAUGCCUUUGAGAUGAACUCAAUCAGUUGGGCGGGGGUGGCCUGCUGCCUGAAGCUGCAGUGUAAAGUCAUCUUGAAAUGCUUUCACAGUCAUUCCAGACACUUAUGCAAGAAUGCUUAGCAACUCAAGAGAUGCACAGGAGAAAAACAAAGUUUAAAAAGUGGUCAUUUUCUGCACAUUUGCAAAUUUAGAUUUGAUAUUACUAAUUAAUACACUAAGACAAUGAGUGUAGUAUUUCCAAUAGCUACUCUUCUGUCUGUCUUGGCUUGUAUAGCUGAAGAGCCUCACUUGCACCCACCGUUCAGCUUUGAGGUGACUUUCCUUCUGUUUUUAAUUUGGUUUCUCAGGUCAUUCCAAACAGCAGUUUUCUUCAUGUAAGAAACCACUUCAUUUUGCAUUAACUAACACACACAUCAUUCUAUUUCACUGAGUUCACUGCACAAACAGUCUCACCAUCCAUGUUCCAUGUAAGCUUUAGUAUUCCAAGUCAAAAGGUAAGCCUCUGUCAGUGGCUUAUUUCCAAAUUCAGAGCCACUCUGUUCACUCAUCCAGCCUGAGAACCUGAACAACCAUCCAUCACAGCACCAUUGCAGAGUUGCUACAGACGUACAGCCUGGCUGGGCUUGUCAUGUACAGUACUAGGAUGCAUAUUUAGAAAAACAGAAAACAAGGCAUGUGUUUAUGUACAGCUCACCGUCUGUUUCCACCAUAGUUUAGUAUUCAUUUAGUGGCAUGGUGUGAGGGAAGAUAAUGCCCUUCCAGUCGUACCAAGUUGCUAACUGAAGCCAAUACACUGCCCCGACUCCGUCCUCACCUUUAGCACCGUCACUGUCAUUGCCAGCUGCUCCAGUCAUGAGACACCUUAACCUAUCUCUGGGAAUGUUUCAGAAACUCUCUUCACAUCACAACCCACUACACACCACCUGUUAGAAGUCAGUCACCACUGAUCAUUUUCUACAAGGCAUACCCAACAGGUUGAUUUCCAAGCUAGUUCUCCUUCCUUGUGUUGUUUUUUUUUCCUGGUUGCAAACACUCUCAACUUUGUUUUUUAAACCCUUUGAAUUGAUGCUGCUUCUGUGCUUGACUCUGGGUUUACUGCGUGGUGCCAUGUUGUCCACAUGGCCUCUAGAGCUUGUAACGCUUCAGUGUGUAAUGUUACCAUAUGCCUUACAUGUUUUCCAGGACUAAUAAAAAAAAGCAUAACAAAAAU